UUCUUGCAGCAGCGUCACUGCUUGCUUGAUCUCCAACACUCCAAACUGUGGCAUUGUGGCUCAAGAUUUCAACGAAAAAACGACCUAAUCCCAGUGGAUGUGUUUAAAUGGACAAGGCUGACUUUUCUUCUCUGAAAGUUUUUUUCCUCCACUUGUUAUUUGGACUUUUUUCAUGGAUUCACCAAAGUGCAGCAACUCCAUGAACUAAUGUUGUUUCAGCAUUAUGGACAGUUUGGAUACAUCUCAUUAGGAAUCAUGCGUUUGUUGUUGUUGCUGUUGUCUCGACCAGAAGAACUUCCACAAACAAGCACAUCUUUGGAAACAUGGAGCACCUCAACUGGCUUUUGAACAGAGUCAAACAAGACUCCCAAUGUGUGAAAUGUAACCAGUGACUACAACGUAAAGAGUAACUUUAAGUUUUUGUGAGGAAAACUUCAGUCACUUUAUUUAGAGCCGAUGCUUGUAAAAAGUGCUAAUUUGACAAUUUUGUUGAGCUUGACGUAAAAAACUUUUCAACUGGUGAAUAAUGGAUGGAAACCUGAGUACUUCAGCAUCCUUGGGGAUUAACGCAACACAAUCCUACCAUGAUGCGGCAGGACCUUGGAGCCUCAUCAUACUGGUCAUCAUCAUACUGACCAUAGUGAUGGGAAACCUGCUGGUCAUCAACGCCGUAGCGCGUACGUCGCAACUACAGACGACGACAAACAUCUUUGUUAUGUCCCUGGCGUGUGCAGACCUCAUCAUGGGGGUCCUCGUGGUGCCCCUCGGGGCUACGAUCGUGGUGACAGGUGACUGGCAGCUCAGCGACACGUUUUGUGAGUUCUGGACUUCAGUUGACGUCCUGUGUGUGACGGCGAGCAUCGAGACGCUGUGUGUCAUCGCAGUGGAUCGGUACAUAGCCAUCACAAGGCCGCUGCGAUACAAGGUCCUACUCAAUAAGUGUCGUGCCAGGGUCAUAGUUUGCUUAGUGUGGGUCGUGUCUGCCUUAAUUUCCUUUGUGCCAAUUAUGAAAGGGUACUGGCGAGCAGAGGAAGACCCCGAGGCACAGAGGUGCUAUAAUACCACUGCAUGCUGUGACUUUGUGACCAACUGGCCCUUUGCUAUUAUAUCUUCUAUAGUGUCUUUUUACAUUCCACUGCUCAUUAUGAUAUUUGUGUAUGCAAAAGUCUUUCUCAUAGCAACACAGCAAGUCAAGCUGAUAGACAAGAGUCGCAUUCGUUUCCAGAAUGAGUGCACCACAGCAAAGAUACAAGUGUGCUCCAACAUCAACAAUAUCCUGCCCUCUGCAUGUGCAGGCUCAGGGGGCUGCAACAGUGUUGCAAGUAGAAAGAGCGCCAAGCGCAGGCCGUCACGGCUCAUACUGGUCAAAGAGCACAAGGCCCUCAAGACUCUGGGUAUCAUCAUGGGAACCUUCACUGUGUGCUGGCUACCGUUCUUUGUCGCCAACAUCAUCAACGCCUUUAACAGAGACGUUCCCCCCGAGAAGAUCUUCCGACUGUUGAACUGGCUGGGUUACAUCAACUCCGGCCUCAACCCCAUCAUCUACUGCAGGAGUCCAGAGUUUCGCACUGCGUUCAAGAACCUGCUGGGCUGCCCCUGGCUGUCCUCCCUGCAGCUCAAUACUUUAUAUAAAGAACUGCAGACACGCUGCUCCUGCUUUCUGUGGCAAGCAGAGUCAGGCACAGCUGGAUCUUUCCAAAAGUCCCCGAACAGUAGGACUGAGGGCAACGAGAGCCUGGCUAGUUGGCAGGAAAGCAACAAAAGCGAGGCGGCUUCUCCGGGUCCUCUGCAGUCCAACGGCAGCACACAAUUCAGUGACUCAGAACCAGAAACCAAAUUCUUCACACUGCAGGAGAAGGACGGAUGAAGGUUGAAACGUCGAGCUGCGGAAGCAAACUACAUAUUCUCCAGCUGUCUCUUUGACUCCUGCAAAGGCUGAGACCAACCAUUGGUGGGGACAAGCUGAAGAAGAGUGCGACUAAUGGCCCUGAUAAACGCAGCCGAACCCCAAAGUGCUGGAUUGUCUGUACAGAAACAGACAGGAACACGGUGACUGGCUCUGUGCACAGGAGAUAGGCGGCUGUGAGUCAGCACAUUAGCCGACACCGGUGUUGUCUCAAUGCUGUUUGCAAGAGAGCGCCUGUUCCUGAACAUGAGACAACAAUUAGCUGCGAGGGUUAAAUGUAUUCCAGUGAGCUUUUGGACAGGCAUGUCGCCUGUAGUCUAAAAAAUAAAAGCAUAAAAUUGUUUUGUAUAAUAUAUUAUCUGGUAAGUUAUCUAUUUAUGAUACACUGAAUCUGUAGCAGGUUAAAAGUUGGCAUGUCUCAUACAAGGUAAAGCUGCCAUUACUGUCCAGUUAAGAAAAAAAUAUUUUCACUAAUGUAAUUUCAGCUAAACCAAAGGGCUGUGCAUUCAUUAUUCUGGUGUCUUUUUUUCAUCUUAAUCUUUCUGUUUCGAGCCUGGACUCGUAUAUUCCUUAUCUUGCUUAAAUCUCCUAUUGUCCACUGGUUCCCACACUAUGUGCGGGGGACCCCUUGGGGCAUCGCAACACAGAGGGAGGAUUUGCAAGAUGAUUUGCAAGAUGAUUUGCAGAUAUCAAAUACCAUUUAAAAAUAAUUCUUAUUAACACAUCGUAUCAAUUAUUGUUCCAAAAGCUAAAUAAUAUAAGCUAGAUUUAAAUAUCCAUGGGUGAGUUUACAGCACAAGACGAAACACCGCAACAUGUGCACAUUGCAGAUUUUUUGUGAUAAUGGGGGUUGAAAGUCUCUGGCAUUGUUAUUUCUGGGAUCUGAAAAGUUUGGUAACCUCUGUCCUCGUCUUAAUUAGUUUAUGUUGUUGCUAUGAGAAACGGCUCAAACCCUGAAUCAGGAGAUCUCAAGCAAAAUUCUUUAGGAUUUAACCAUCAGUAUGUGCAAGGUACAGUCCCGCUGCAGCUACACAUGAUAUUAUCCAUCCGCUACAUGCUGUGUCUCUUUGGUAAGUGUCAGUAUAAGCUCAAUAAACACACUCUGAAAAGUCCAGUUUGUACUGGGACACUUUGCAAUGCGUUAUUAAUUAAAUAACAUCAUCCGUCGCAAUGAGAAAUAAAAUAUUAUAAAACUGUGUGACACUGCUUAUGUGUGUUUUGUGUGCUGACAACUGAUAUCUAGCCAAACUCUGUAUUAUGAAGUUAUGUAUUCCAGGUUCUAGUUUGUAUGGCGCCCUGGUUUGCCCUAGAUCUGCUUGCUUUGGAAUGUUUUACGAUUCAGGUCAGACUACAGCCAACCUGCAAAUUUAAAAUCAGCUGGUUUGACAAUGGAGAUACGAAUGACGGCUGAACUGAGUGAUUUUAAAACUCGAUGAAUAGGGUCUCAGAUGUUUUGGCUUGUGUGUCCUAAAAUUGUAUUUAUAAUUGUGACCCUUUAUCACAGUUCAUGACUUCAUUACAGAUGCGAGUUGUGAUCAGUUUGAUUGAAGAAUUGUCCGUUUUUUUCAAUCCAAGGUUUAUAGAGGCCUGAUGAGGUGAAAGAAUCCUGUAUUUUGGCUGAGAACAUCUUUCUGGGAAAGGUCAGGAUAAAACAAACAAUAUUUGUGUAACUGAAAUAUAUUCUUUCUUUUCUGUCACAUUAAAUAUAAACCCACCGAUUUACAUUGGGAGUCCCUGGGGGGUCUAUAACCCCACACACCAUAACUCUCAAUAGUAUAAAACUACUGUUCACAUGAGUUUAGGACACAAUCUUAGAAAAACUUUGUUGUUCUUGGUGAAAUUAUCAUCAAAACCCGAAAACCAAAGUCCAGCUGGCUCUGCUACUGUUUGAGCAGACAUCAUGUUCUGUUGUGAGAGGAAGUCCACAAGUCUAUUCGGGACUUUUCAAAAUAAUCCAAGGACAGAAUGCAUGACAUCUGAAAAUAAACUGUGACAAGCACCAUGCCAGACGCUCUGCUGUGUGAAGACUCCAUAUCUAUCAACCAGCAGAAAAAGCCACAACAGCUUGGAGUGGAAACAGUUGUCCUGUCUGAAAUCUGGCCACAUUCUUAGAAACUGAUCCCUAUUACACAGUUUUCCAUGAGCAGGAUUACACUGAAAUCGAUUACUGACAUUUUAGACCACCACUUAAAAUACAACUGGCACUAUUUGAUAGAUGACCUAAUAAAAACUAUGUCUGUUCGAUAUGAUCCAAUCAUUGGGCCGAAUAGUUUUCAUUUGACGGAGCAGCUCUUUUAGAUAUAAUGUGGUAAUACGAUAAAUUCCAUGUGACUUUGAAUACUCUCUAUUUUCUGUUUUCUAUCAUCGUGACAAAGGAACUCUAA